GGUGGGGCCGUGUGUAGCCCACCCACCCCCGACAUCCCAGUUUCUGUAGUGGGCCGCCCGCGCGAGUCUUGUUUCAUUACUCCCGGUGGGAAGGAUUAGACCGUAAGACUACCUGCAGGUUACGCUGUUGAUUUCACAGCUUUAUCUCCCCACGGUCCGGAGCUGUUUGCCUUGCACUGGAGAUAAUUUCUGUUACUGAGCUAAUAUUGACCAUCAGAUACAAGAAUAUUCAGCAAUUUGAUAACUGGAGAGUAAAUGAAGAGGCACAACAGCCAGUUCAGGAGAUUCCAAAAUCACCCCGCACCUCCUGUACCUGCAGUUUGUGUGGUGAAGCUACUCCCAGAUUGCUGUUUGAAAACGAGUGUGACAGUGGCCAGUCCAGAAUCUUCCAAAAUUGCUCUGCUGUCCUUGACCACCUUGAACUGCUGCAGUCCAUGUGGUGAAGCUACUCCCAGAUUGCUGUUCAGCAAGGACUUACAGGAUUUACAUCCAGUGGUGAUCAGGUACUGAUGCUGCCUGACCUGUUGAUUUAUUCCAGCAUACUGUGGUAGUAUCUUGCAAUGAAAGUGUUGCAGGCAUUUCUCGAAGGACUGAGUCUAGAAGCACUGAUGCACCAAUGAUAAGCUGCUUUAUACCAGGCUGAAUGUAAGAGGCACAUUUAUCAGCACGAAUUCCAAACAAACAUCCCAUCAAGAUCUGAGUGACUCGAUUCAUCAGGUGUUGAAAACCAUUGAUAUUCAACGAUUCUGAAGAAGGGUCUCGACCUGAAACAUCAAGCUUUCCUGCUCCUCUGAUGCUGCUUGGCCUGCUGUGUUCAUCCAGCUUCAUAUCGUGUUAUAUCUUAUAUUCAACAAUUGUCUGUUUUGUCUGAGAAAACCUUGCAAACUCACCGUAACAGAAAAUGCACUGAGGCACAUAUACCCAAGUGAGUGUUCCAGUGAAUGACUGUGGAGAGAGCUUGACUCAGACAGCCUGAAUAACAUCACUACCAUUCACAUUGGGGAGAAACUAUCCUUGCCCUGUGUUUGGGUAAGGAGUCAGCUAAUCAACCAAUAUGGAGAGAUACGAGUACAGCUGCAGCAUAGAGAAACCAUGGAAAUGUGCGGACUGUGGGAAGGGAUUCAAACGCCCGUCCCUGCUGGAAACUCAUAGACGCAGUCAUACUGGGGAGAGGCCACACACGUGUUCAGUUUGUGGGAAGGGAUUCACUCGGGCAUCUGCCCUUCGGCUACAUGAACGCACUCACACUGGAGAGAGGCCAUUUAUCUGCCCUGAGUGUGGGAAGGGAUUCAGUGGCUCAUCCACCCUGUGGAGACACCAGCGAGUUCACACUGGGGAGAGGCCAUUCAUCUGCCCCGAGUGUGGGAUGGGAUUCACGCGGUCAGCCCACCUGCUGACACACCAGCGAGUUCACACUGGGGAGAGACCGUUUAUCUGCCUCGAGUGUGGGAAGGGAUUCACUCAGUCAGCCCACCUGUUGACACAUCAGCGAAUUCACACUGGAGAAAGGCCAUUCCCUUGCUCCGAGUGUGGUAAGGCAUUUUCCCAGUUAUCCCACCUUAAGACACACCAACUUGUUCACACUGAUGAAAGACCUUUCAAAUGUUCACACUGUGAGAAGAAUUUUAAAAGCAGAUGUGAUGUGCUGAUACACCAACGCAUUCACACUGGGGAGAGGCCAUUUCCCUGCUCUGAGUGUGGGAAACGAUUUGUCCGUUCAAACAACCUUCUGAAACACCAGCAAAUACAUAUUGGUGAGAAGCUCUUACCGACUCCCUCUGUGGGAAAGGAUUUAUUCAGUCAUCCCACCUACUGAGACACCACUGAGUUCACAAGUGAUUUGUAGGGCAAGUAUCUUUUACUGUUAUUUUUCUCGAUAAAACCUUGAUCUAUCCCCUGGAGGGCAAGGAAGCAGAUGCAGUGGAAUGGGGAAAUAUGUGGUGCUUGUGAUGCGUCAUGAGGAGCUCAGCAGAUUUUGGCAUUGCAUUAUUUUAAACGCUGAAGCGAUAGAGGAAGAGACAGACUGUAACUUUGGUUCACCAUGUUAUAACUCAUUCAUUCAAAAAAGAGCAUCCCACUGCAGACAGAGCUGGGCACACACAGAUACCCAACACACUGACAUACAGAAAGGCACAAAACAAGAUUUGUAGACACUCGAACACGACUGUAUAGAUACAAAGAGACACCAUGUCCCUCAGAAUGUGAACUGAAAGAAUUGUAGAUGCUGUUAAUCCGGAACAAAAACAGAAGUUGCUGGAACUGUCUUGAGGAGGGGUCACUGGACCCGAAACGUUAAUUUUUUUUUUUGUCAUCACAGAUGCUGCCAGACCUGCUGAGCUUUUCCAUCAACUUUUUGUUUUUGUCCCUCAGAAUAUGGUCAGGGUUAUGCAGUAGAUCUGUGUGACUACUGUUUGUUAAAUGGAUUGACUCAUUUGUAGAAUUAUCAAACUUAUUAGAGGUGAACUUGCUGACUUGUUCAUUCAGUCCCACUUCCACCUUCUGUUGAUCUAUGUGAAAAUCUUGUUUCCCUUGUGGAAUAAACUUGUGUCCAUUGAUUGCAGAAGCCUGUGUCGU